AUGAUGCUGGGCGGAAUGGAUGGCAAGGAAUAUGGCGCGCUACAUGCAGCUGCCGCAGCCGCUGGCUACGCAAUGGAAACUGAUCCAAAUGCAGGUGGAAUGGGCAACGCUGGAAUGCCGGGGGCUGGUGCGCAACAAUACGGAGAGGUGAACCAGUUAGGGGGUGUCUUUGUGAAUGGACGGCCGCUGCCCAACGCUGUCCGGCUACGGAUCGUUGAGCUAGCUCAGCUAGGAAUUAGGCCUUGUGACAUCAGUAGACAGCUGAGGGUAUCGCACGGCUGCGUAUCGAAGAUCCUCGCCCGAUAUCAUGAGACAGGCUCAAUCCUUCCAGGAGCCAUCGGCGGUUCAAAACCAAGGGUCACAACACCGAAGGUGGUAUCCUACAUAAAACAGUUAAAAGCUAAAGACCCGGGGAUCUUCGCGUGGGAGAUCCGCGACCGUUUGCUCGCGGAUGGCGUAUGUGACAAGUACAAUGUCCCUUCUGUGUCCAGCAUCAGUCGAAUCCUGAGGAACAAGCUCGGUGGUGCACUUUACCCCGUGCCCCCCUUAUACCCAGUCCCUCCACAGAGAUGCUGGCCCUUACACCAGCCUUAUGAUUAUUAUAUGUACCUGCAAGGUCGUCAACACGCAACCAGCGCACCUCACGGACUAACGCAUCCCCACCAGCCACCCGCGCCACAUCAUGCGCAUGCGCACGCAAUAUGA